GACAACCCUAGUUAACAAACAAGCUCACAUUAGUGUAUUUUGUCUGGCCGAAAAUCACUCGCGUUUUAAGAACGUGCUGUUUAUAUUACGUUUCGUCUUGCAAACAAAUAAGCGAAAACAUGAGAAUUGAGGACGUUGACACAUUUUGGUUUGAUAAGGCCGAAUAUAACAAUGCCGAGAGAUUGUUUUACGAGGGAAUUACGAGGAACACAAGUGAAGCGGGAUCGAGUAGGGAGAUUCGCCCCCCUGUUGUCAUCACAGUUACCGCGAAAACCAGCAAAAAGAAUAAAAAGCACAACACAAUGGCGGAGAAUCAACAAUUGUUAUACCUAAAUCCGUUGACCAUGGAAGCCAACUAUUUCUUGGAAACGCUGGAUUGGGCGACUCGUCAGAGUGAAGCUCAAUUGGAUCCACAUUUGACUCGUUUAUUAAAUCGCAUUGUGGUGGGUAUUGAAAAGUAUUUGGACAAGAAUCCCACAUACAUAGUGCCUAAAUCGACGCAACCAGUUCCUAACGAGCAAGAGGAAGCACCAACAUCAUCAGCAGCGGCAAAUUCAUCAUCAUCAUCAGCAUCAGCAACACCUGAUGAAGGAGUUGCAUUUGUGCCUCCAAAGGAGUUGAACAAAAUCAAACGUACUUUUAGCUGCUCAGCCUGCACAAAUCGCAUUGUGGGUACCACAAUUGCCAAGGCUGUAGCACAUUUGGCCGAACAGCAUCCAAAUCCAAAUCCUAAUCCACCUAAUUCCAAACCAAAUGUAAAUGCAAGGGUAGUAAAUCCCCCGAAAGCAGCGGCGCCACCGACCAAGCAAGAAAAGAAAGUGGCUCCUGUAGAAGCUCGUAAUGCAAAGAGCACCGUGCAGUUGCCUAAGAAAGCGAAAUCCAUGGUCACGGCGGAUAUAACAAACAUGUUUAAGGAGAAAUAUCAAGUGGCGGAUAAACUGAAAGUAUUGCCUGAGUACGAUAAUAUCGAUCGUGAUCUAUGCGAAUUGAUUUCGCCCGGUUUUGCCGAUGAGCCUAUUCGCAUAUAUAAAUUUGGCUCCAGGAUUACGGGCAUUGGCAGCUGCUCCUCGGAUUUGGAUGUAUUUGUGGAUAUUGGCAACAAUUUCCACAUCUUCGAGCAUCGUGCUUCCAAGGCGACUCUUCUCAAGCUGCGAGUAAUGCGUGAACUCUUCGUAGCGAGCAACAAAUGGCGCAUAAUUAAUGUUAUUGAACAGGCGCGUGUGCCAAUCAUAAAGACCUGUCACUUGUCCUCUGGAAUUGAGUGUGAUAUUUGCCUAAAUAGCUUGGGCUAUUGUAACACCAACUUGCUCAAAUACUUGUUCGAAGUGCAGCCACUGGUUCAAUACAUGUGUAUCUAUGUGAAGACCUGGUUGGAGCGUUGCAAAUUAUCGGAACAAAUCACAACUUAUAGCAUGGCAUUGAUGGUCACAUACUUUUUGCAGCUCAACCAGUUGUUGCCAUCGAUUGCGACGCUUCAGAACGACAACUCAAACAAUGCCAAACAGUUCGUGGGACCAUGGGUUGCCAACUUUGCUCAAAAGUCACUCAGUGACUUGAAGAUCCAUCAGGUUCAGGUUACCGUACCGAUGAUCAAGGAGUAUAUGAGAAAUUUUUUUAAAUACUAUGCAACGUUUAAUUACGAGCGUUUUGCAGUUUGUCCUUACUUGGGUACAAGUGGUGUAGCCAUAACGAAAUUGGAAAGACGCAUGCCACAAAAGUACUUGGAUUAUGCUAAGCAGAAUCCAGAGACAACGUUGCAGAUACGCAAACCGAUGGUCGUCCAGGAUCCUAUACAACUGAAUCAUAAUGUCACCAAAGCUGUCACUAAAAUUACUCUGCAAACUUUUAUCAAUUUCUGCGCACAAACGGCGACGCUGCUUGGCGAAGUCCCCACGAUAGUGAUUUAAUGUGCUUGUAAAUGAAGAUUGCUCGCUACGCUCCCAUCCACACUAUAUUUAUGUUAAGUUCAACUCUGCGUAAUAUAGAUCAUUCUCUAUAUGUAGUAUGUAUGCCCAUUCAUACAAUGUAAUUAGGU